AUGUUCAGCAACCGGAACAACCACCAAAAGCCUGAUGGCGACUUCAUCAGUCGCUUCCAACAAGCCUUCUCCGAUGUCGUUCCUCGCAGAGACAGCCAGAGUUCCUCGGCUGGACGACCAAGCCUUGACCAGAAUGGAGAUACCAUGAUGUCUUCAACAAGGACUACAGAACACGACAUGAAAUUUGAUCACGACAUAAAAUUACCCACCAACGACCGCACACCUCGAAAUAUGCAAGAAUUGGGCUUGACACCAUCAUGGAUGGAGCCUGGUUCCUUUUCAAUGAUGCCUUACGGCGGUCAACACUCUGGUCUUUUUACGCCAAACUCCGGUGGAAUGGGCGCUAUCUACCACAACCAGGCCGGUGAUUUGCAUACACCAACCGGAAUGCCUAUGAUCACGCCGCUCUCUCUUAGCAACCCCAUGCAUGGCGCCCAUCAUCACCCCGGCAAUGGCUUUGAACCCUUUAACCCACACUUCCUCGCCAGCAUGCCGGAAAUCAACCCGUAUGCGCAACAGGCGUCAUACGCUCCAAGCGCAUUCAUGCAUCAUAAUUCAAAUUUUAACGUUAUGGAUGAAUCAGUCGAUGAUUCCUCUGUUAAUGACAUGAACAUGGAUUCAGCAUCUAACGUGACGGCUUCUACGGAUUACUCAGCCCCAACAGGUCCAACAGACGACAUGUCUUACGCCAAGGGCGAAAAAUUCCGUUUUAAUGUCUCUCUUCGCGCACCAACCGCGAUGGUUAAGAACAUGAGAGAAAUUCCAGUGACUUAUCUUAAUAAGGGACAAGCAUACAAUUUGUCAGUCACAGAUUCGAGCCCACCAGCUGGCAGCUCUCGCCCCAUUCGAUACAGAACCUAUGUUCGCAUUUCUUUUGAGGAACAAGAGCAAAGGGCGAGACCCUCUGCGUGUUGGCAAUUGUGGAAGGAAGGUCGAGGUUCCAGCGAAGCCCACCAACGUGGUGGAAAGUUGUUGGCUGUCGAAUAUGUAGACCCUUUACAAGGUGGCGGCGAUUCUCACAAGCACCGUCAAGUACAAGUUGAGCAAUUGUCAGUCGAUGGAUUCUGCGUCACAUGGACCGCCAACCCAAUGACUGGUUCCUCGGAUUGCAACAUCCCCGUGCGAUUCAACUUCCUUUCUACUGAUUUCAGUCACUCUAAAGGCGUCAAAGGCAUUCCUGUCCGACUUUGCGCAAAGACUGAAAUUGUUCCCCCAGGCGAAAUGUCUGGCGUAUCACGCGACGUGGAGCUCUCUUACUGCAAAGUGAAACUUUUCCGGGACCACGGAGCUGAGCGGAAGAUGUCUAACGACAUUGCGCAUGUCAAGAAGACUAUCGACAAACUCAAGCAGCAGAUUUCCCAGGCCGAAAUGGGUGGUGGUUUCGCCAAGCGGAAGCGCGGCAACAACGCUACUGCAACUGCCAAGGGAACCGACCGUUCUAUGAAAUUGUCCAAGCACAAGCGUACUUGGUCACAGAGCUCAGAUAACUCGGAGAAGCCGUCUCUGGAAGACGACCUCCAAUCAAAACUAAGCGUGAUGCAGGAGAUGUUCUCAUCAACUCGUUCAGUGAGCGUGUUCGGUUUACGCGGCGACCAACUUGAUGAUCCCGAUCUAUACCCGAUCCGAUUGCCUGGUGAUGGGGACUCUGUCAAGUUUGAGACUGUUAGCCGGACUGGCACUGGUGAUUUAUUGUCGGCAGAAGCAUUGAUGCCUUCGCCGGAAAGCAGCAACCCCUCUGAAAAUUCACCACACACGUACUCGCGUCCAAUGACUAUCCAAAAGAACCCAUCUGCCGAUCAAGCCCCUCGGGGUUUCCUCGAGGCUGUCGGUAUCGACUCAACUUAUCGACCUCCCUCGGAACGCCCGCCCAAGCCGAUUGCCUGCUUUUACGUUCGUUUCUCUGGAAACGAGGAGGGUCUUCAGGACUAUUAUCGCGCUAUCUACUUGACCGAACGCACUGUCCGGGACCUCAUGAAGCAGAUUUCCAGCAAGCAACAGAUCGAUCCGGUACGCAUCGUCAGCAUCAAGCACGUCACCGAAAAAGGCAUGCAAAUUAUGGUGGAUGAUGAUGUGGUUCGGGAGCUUCCCGAGGGGCAAGACAUGCUCGUCGACAUAUCGACAAUGUCGGGCUCCAAUGUUGACGCGCCUGGAUCUCCCAUUGAGAUCAAGUUGACGUUCUAA